AUGUCCUUCAAGGAGUUUGUGCAUGCGAAAGGCAUCGUGUGGAAGCAAAGGGCAGCACUGCGUUCCAUUGAUCAUGAUGGAGCUAUGAAGCGUGUAGUAAAUGUAAUAAAAGAUGGUAAUGAGUCCCUUUUAUUCGAUUGGAUGAAUACGUGUGAUGACAUCAACGUGAGAGAUUCAUGGGGCAAUGCGGCACUUCACUGGGCUGCAGCGCUUGGUAAACUAAAUGCCGUGACACAUCUUCUUCUUGCUCAAGCUGAUGUGAAUGUGGUUAACAUGAAUGGGGCGACUCCACUUCAUUGUGCGGCGAUUUGUGGGCACUCAAACAUCAUCCGGCAGCUUUUGCGGAGCGGAGCGGAUGUCAUGGCGACGAAUCACGAAGGCCAGACCAUGAUUGACUUGUUGCGAUAUAUGGGCUGGGACAACGCAUCUAUUCAGCAGGAGCACUCGAGGAACGUGUCCCCUCUCAGUCCAAGUGGUCUUGAAAACUUUGGAGAGGAACUUUCCUUUUCGGAUGGAGCUUCUUUGGGCUCUCUUAAAGCUUAUGCUCCGCCGGAUUCACCCUACGUUUAUGGAUUCAAUGUAGAGGUGAAGAACCAUCAUCACGAUCUGAGAACAAAGGAGAUUGGAGAACUUUCGUGUGUGGAAAAUGAUGCGAGUAACGAUGUUGCUGGGGAAGAGUUGGUUUGCAUGCAGUGGCAUGCUGAAAUGGAACAACUGUUUUCCCGUGAAUCGGCGGAAAGAAAUGAAUUGAUUAGUAAAUACGCCAAAUGGAUGCUGCAGGUAACGGACACAAUGAAAUCCGACCAUUCGGCCCCCACUGAAAGAGAGCGUAAAGAAGUUGGUGUUGUGCUUGAUGCCAAAUAUUCACCAAAAGGGUCGGAUCAAUUUCUGUUGCACCUGGCGGGUGAUGCCGAGAGUGAGGAGUUGCGGGUGAAGGCGGACGACGUUAAGGAUUCCCCGGUGGCGAAGGCGUACGUGGAACCCCUUGAAACUUCAACCAUCACUCCGAACAUUUCAAGCGAAAUCAUCGGUGGGGAUGUGCUUCUUGCCCGUGAACACUCGGAGGAUGCGGAACAGCCAGAACUUCCCAGUCUGCUGCGUAGAAUUCCCUGUGGGAAUUCACAAAUUUCGAAAAGUGCACCGGUUUCCAACGCUCCAAAGGCUUCAAUUGAACACCUGCCACCACUGCGGAAUUCGCCGUCGACGAAUUCUUCGCCGGCGCUAUUUGUGAAUGAGAAGAAGCCGGCGGAUUCAUUGAGCCUCCCGUCAUGCAAUUUAGUCACGGGGAUUUUGUCACAAAACGUCGCCCACAGGGAUACACCGCAUAACAGCAUUUUGACCAUAUCAACGCAUUCAGAUAAAAACAAGAUAAAAAGCUGCUCGAACAGUAGCCCUGCUAACCAUAUCCACUGUGGCGAGAAAGCACUGCCUCCUUUAAAGCUGAAUAAAGUGAAUUAUAACGCCGCUGCUUCUGUGAAAGAGGCGUCCAAGUUUCGUCAGGGUGGUGUGUUUUGUGGUGAGAAACGGAAUGCUAAUCGGGAAUAUUUAUCCGAAGAAGAAAAAAGAAUAUACGAGGAAUUUCUUCGAAGGUCUGCCCUGAGGUAUUUGGGUCGCAUAGUGGAACUGCGGAAGGCAUAA